AAAAGUGCUGCAAAUUUCUUACUUAUACCAGAGAUUAUGCUCAGUACAUCAGUGAUCUUCUGUUAAUGAAUUAGAAGUAAUUUUAGUUUUUAGUUAUACAUAUUAUUUAUGAAAACUAUGUUUCCAGUUUCAUUUAGGUGAAAACUUUCUGAUGGAUAGAGGAGAUGGUAACAUUAGUAGAAUUAAAGAAAUAGAACUUCCUUCUCAAUUACAGGAAUUGCUUCCAUGUGGGUAUUCUUACAAGUUAAAGAAGUGGAUCCUUUUCGAAAAUAAACCAGAUCAUUUUGAGGCUGUGAUACUAACAAAUGUGUACACUGAAGAAGAGGCUCAAGAAUGGUGGCAUGAAUUUAAUGUGAAGUCAAAUACUACCAUGCGAGUACGAGCUACUUGUCCAAAAACUGGAAAAGUAAAUACGUUUAAAAUUUACUUGCGUUGUUUACAUCAGGGUCGUGCUGAGAAAGAAAAACCUGAACGACACCAGAAAACAAAAUCAGCAUCACCUGCCAAAAGAAAUACUAAUUGUCCUGCAGGUAUGGUAGUUGCUAUCAGAAGGCUUAUAAAAUAUUCCAGAAGUAAAAUGCGUGAUCCUGUAGAUCCUGUUCACCCAUGUGAAAUUCAAAUACGAUUUGUCCACAAUCAUCCUACAAACAGUGUUGAUUCCUUAAGAUUUAGGCCUGUAUCUAAAGAGGCUGAAGAAAAAUUACUGAAUUUAUUUCAGAUAGGUCAUUCUCCUACUUCUGCUCUUGAAACUCUGAAAAUUGAUCUUCAAAUUGAACAUGGUACCAUGUAUUCACAGAUUAUUUCAGAUAGGUAUCAUUGCCCUGAUAAGUCAUUUUGUUAUCGCUUAUUUUAUAAACAUUUUGGUAAAGACUAUGCUGCAUUUGGGAAAAAAGAUAUGUACACUGUACUUAAUGAUAAAAUCUCUCAUUAUAAUACAAUGUUAGGCGAAACAUGUGUUACUGCAGGAAUGUCUGGUACACAUUAUGUGAUUGCAGUAUGCACUCCACUAAUGAAGCGGUUACAUUCUUUACCACAGUCAGGAGAUUUGGUUUAUGUGGAAUUAUGUGAAUCUCCAGGGAGCAAAGAAAGAGCUGAGCAUUAUGUAUUGCUGCUUUUAGCUCACACAGCUGCAGGUGGAAUUCCUCUUGGUGCACUUAUAGCAACUAAUAACAAUACUGCUGUUCUUGCAUUAGGUUUUGAACUCUUAAAACAACUAUUACCUGACCAUGCAUUUUGUGGAAGGGGUAUCAUUGGACCUCAUGCAUUUUUAACUGAAGAUUCUGAAACUCAGCGACUAGCUCUAAAUACUGUUUGGUCUGAAUCUGCUGUAAUAAUAUGUAUAUUUAGAAUUUUACAGUCCAUGUGGCGAUGGUUAUGGGAUGAAAAACAUAACAUUCUUAAAGAUCAUCGCUUAUAUCUUCUUUAUCUUUUAAAGACACUUUUAUUUGCUUCUAAUGAAGAAGAAAUGGGUAACAAAUAUCAAGCUCUUUGUGCAGAUAACAUCAUUGUGCAUUAUCCUCUGUAUCUGCAACAUGUGGAAUCUUUAUGGCAAAGACGACAUUUUUGGGGUAUUUGUUUUCACAGACUCUUACCCCUUCAAGGGGCAAGUAAUUAUUAUGAAGCAGCUGUUCGUGCCCUCAAAGAUAAAACUUUUGAACAAACAAAAGCAUUUAACAUCGUGCAGUUGUUAAAUUAUGCUGUCACUCGUAUUGAUUCCUAUUAUAAAACUAAGCUUCUGGAUAUUGUUGGGGGAAAAGUUAUUCAUAUAUUUCGUUCAUUUUAUCCAACAACAAUUCCAUCUGAUAUUGAACCUGGUAUAAAACAGAUUGCUGGUAACUAUUUCAUUGUUCCCAGUGAUCAAGGAGAUGACAAAGUAUAUACUGUAGAUGCUGAACUUAAUAUGUGUUCUUGCCCAAAUGGUAUUAAUGGUGCAUUAUGCAUUCAUCAAUUCUGGAUAUUUCUGAAGAUGUCAAGUGACAUGUUUAAAGUUAGUUAUUUUGGUUUGGAAUUUAAACAGAAGCUAAUCUCAGUUGUUACAGGCUCUGAUUCAUCAUUUGAUUUUACAUCACAUACACCAGCAGAAUUACAGGCAAAUGUCAGCUCUGAUAUUCAGUCAGAUGAAACUCUUUCAAUAGUAAGUACAGUAUUUACAGAAACUAAUUCUCGAAGUGUUUCAGAAAGUUCAUCCUCAACAAGUGUCUUGUCUAUCUUUAAAAACAGAGACAAAAACAUCCCUACAACACCUAUUAAUAAUAGUCACCAAGCUCCUAUAUGUUCACUUAUCAGUACUAUAACUCCUGUGUCCCAAAUAAUAGCUGAGAGUGCAAUUCCCGAGUCUAAAAAUACACUUGAAAAUGUGACUCUGAAUUCUGUGGAUGGCAGAAAUCAGCAGCGAUUGUUGGCAAUUGUUACAGAUAAUUCUUUAGAACAUGACUUAAAUAUUCCUGAAAAUGAAGUGAAUGAAGAAACAAACAAAAGAAUGGCAACCAAAUUUUCCCAAGUGUGUUCGUACUGAUCACUUGCUUCUCAACACUUCCCAAUUGGACUAUAAUGUGCCCCAGAUUUCAGCAGUCAAUGGUUGGCAGUAUCACCCACUUGUGGAAACCAGGCAUUAGAUCAGCACA